UAGUCGAUGAUCAUGGGCAGAUUGCCUCGCACAUGCGCAGUCAGUGGUCGUUCGUCUCAUCGUGUGGUUGGAAUCCAGUGUCGUCUGCUCAGUGCGUGGUAGCUGUCGGUGUGUGGAGGUUAUGGUACCGAGGAUAUUAAAAAACAGACUUGAGAACUGUUAGUUGCCAUGACAAUGCUGAGUGGCGGGGGUGUGACAGAGCUGUUUGCUGCUGCCAUCUUGCUGCUUGUGUUUCUAUACCACGUGAGCAAUGUGUUCCGCUACUAUUUCAAGUUUGCUGUGUUCAUCAUUGCAUCCCUUGGGUCUGCCACAGUAUUCAUUCCUCUUAUGCUGUGGCGACCAAGAAGCUACAGGAAUGCUCUUCUUCCAGCAUGGAGCGAACGACAUUUGUCCAAAUUGCUGGGUAUUAAAUUUGAGAUGAAAGGACAAGAAAACAUUGUUCAGGAUUCAGGUUGUGUGGUGCUUAUCAAUCACCAGAGUGCUUUGGAUAUUCUUGUUCUGGCUGAAAUAUGGCCGGUAAUGGAGCGAUGUACAGUUAUCUCCAAGAAGGAAAUUUUCUAUCUGUGGCCAUUUGGAUUGGCUUGUUGGCUCUGGGGGACCAUCUUCAUUGACAGACUGAAUGUGGAAAAGGCACAGAACACUAUCAACAGCACAGGGGAUAUCAUACGCAAAAAUAAGGCCCGUCUAUGUAUGUUUCCUGAGGGAACUCGUAAUGGCAGUGCAACACUCUUGCCCUUCAAGAAGGGAGCUUUCCAUGUUGCUAUUGCAUCACAGACCCCAAUCCAGCCAAUUAUAGUGUCAAGGUACAAUUUCCUUGAUGACCGUAAAAAGUUGUUUAACUCAGGUUAUAGUAUUAUCAACAUUCUACCACCAAUACCAACAGCUGGAAUGACAAAAAAUGAUCUUGAAAUGCUGAUGGAAAAAACAUGGAAUGUCAUGUCAGAAGCUUAUGUGAAGACAACAGAUCAAGCACUGGCACAUUCACCAACACCAGUAAUUAAUGGCAAAAAGUGCAACUGAUGGCAACACUUAGCAUUGUGUUUUAGUGUUGUUUCCAACAGACUUCUCCACUAAGAUAUUAACACAAACUGCAGUGCAGUGAAACUAGCACCAUCAAAUGGCAGACAGAAAUAUUAUUUCUGUAGUUCCACUGCUGAAUGACAGAUAAAUGACAAAUUCUUGACUGAAAGCGAGACUUGGCUCAUUCUCUGGGGGAAGUAUUCUGAAAGUGGCAUUUAUAAAAAAUGUGACUUGGAAAUGUUGUUCCCAAGAAUUGUAUAACAGUGUCUGUAAGAAAUGUUAACUGUUAUCUAAAUAAGAUGGUUCUGGGAACCUUUCUGUAUAAAAGUUAUGAAAUUCCAUUCCAUUUUAAUAUCCCUUGAUAUCUUUAGUUAUGAAUUUAGUGUGUAAAGUCUUACUUUUAGUUGCAAAUGUCUGAAGAUUUUUAGGAGACUAGCUUUGUAAUUGCAUACUAUAUUUAGGUAGAAAUAUGACCAACUUAGGCCCUAAAGAUACCAAUUCCCUGUUAGCUAAUUUUCACAUAGUACGCUACAAUCAUGAGCUAUAUAGACUAUAUAAAAGUGAUGAUAUAGUAACUCACAUUAAACUGAGAAGGUUGGAAUGGGCUGGACAUGUCUACAGGAUGGAAGAGUAUAGGAUACCCAAAAAAAUAUUGGAAGGAACAAUAUAUGGGAGAAGGCCAGUGGGAAGACCUAAAGGUAGAUGGCUGGAUGCAGUGACGACUGACUCCAGAAAUCUCCUUGGAACAGCAGCUUGGAGAAGGAUAGCGUUGGAUAGAGAGGAUUGGAGGAAGAAGAUAGAGGAGGCUAGGGCUCGAUUUUGGGCUGUUACGCCAUAGUAGUAGUAGUAGUAGUAUCUGAAGCACUGAGGAAGAUUCUUUGAAACUGAACAUCCAUAUUCUAAACAUUUCUCAUUGCUCUGAUUUUAUCUGAUAAUGGACUUGAUAACUGCUCCCAUUCCAGAAGCCCGUAAAUAAAUGUUGCCGGUUGCAUUAUACGACUGAAGGUGGUUAUACAGAAGUGAUAAACUUCUUAUCAAGUUACUUGUUAUUUAUACAGUUAUUCAUAUAUUUAGAAGAAAUUUGGUAAACUAGUUGUUGAUGUUACAAGAUUUCCUUGUUUCAUAAUUGUUAUUCUGAGCCAAAAAAGUAAAAAAUAAAUAAACAAAUAAAACAAAGAA